GGUGCGCUUGCAGGCUGAGCGGUGGCUCCAGGGUGGGGUUUCUGAAUGCUUCGAAGCGUUGGCUUUGGCACCGUCCUGAGCUGGUCUGGUGAAGGGUUCCUCCCCGGCUUUGCUUAUUUCCCGAACAUCUUAUUUUCCAGCCCUCUACUACAUGCCUCAGAUAAAGUGGGCUCUUGCCUGCAGCAGUGUCUUCCUCAGUAAAUGACAGUUGGAUGCUAAAGCUACCAAAGAAUCUGAAAGAAGCAGGGAAUUGGUGCAAGACGAAGAGGAGCAGUUGAUGGAAGAAAGGAAAAAGAGGAAAGACGACAAGAAGAAGAAAGAAGCUGCUCAGAAGAAGGCUGCUGAACAAAAACACAAAGCCACGUCAGAACCAACAAAGCCGAGUGUCUGCAAUCCGCUCCUCGCCACCUCCACCAGCGCCACUUCCGCGGCAGCUGGGGGCACGGGUGCCAGUAAUAAUGCCAGGCGCGUCGUGGGCAGCAGUCAGCAGCAAGCGCAGCCGCAGCCCUCGCCUCGCUACCCUCCCCGCGAAGUGCCACCACGAUUCCGGCACCAAGAGCAGAAGCAGCUCUUGAAGAGAGGGGAGCCACUGCCCGGGAUCGCUGCACUCCUGGGGUCCGCAGCCAAACUGGUCAGCCCAUCAGAAAGGAGCACAGCAACAAGCGAGGAACCUGCUGCUGGGAGUGAAGGACAGCAGAGCAACCAAAACCAGCCAGAUCUGCGCCACAGCACAGCAGGACCCCAUUAUGAGAGCUCUGGCUGGGGAGCAGCCCCGUCCGGCAGUGACUCCAGCACAAAGCGGAAUGAUGCUUUUGUAGACGGCUUGGACAAGGAGACAUGGCCCUCGAUCACCGGCAGUGACUUGGAGCUGGUUCCAGAAUGUAUGGGCACUGACGCUGCCUCAAGCUCUGGGUCGGAAAAGAACCUCGUUACCAUGGCCUCCAGCGGUGACAUACGGAAUGGCCUUGGACACAGUUCUCAGACCAAGUUUGACAACAGUACCAGCAGCAAUAAUGUGGGCAGCGGAAGCCUCACCAGGCCCUGGAGUGCGGCUCUUGGGGCCGUGAUGGGCACCUGCCAGGUUCCCGCAGAGGCCUUGAACGGCAUUUCUGAAAGCAGCACCAACAGAAUGAAUUCUUGGGGCACCCUCGGUUCGCCCAGCGGAGAGCUGAACCCCAGCCCCUCGUGCCCCAAUGGCCACCACGGUGCCCGGCCUGCCUCGGAGCACAAUGGGCGUGCCCUGAAAGGGGCCGUGGGAGGCGGCAGCCCCAGCCUGGGCCCGGCCGGGAGCAGUCCCGGUGGGAGCGGCGGCCUCGGCAACUCCUGGGGCAGCCUCCAAGAAAGCUGUGAUUCCCAGGCAAAUGGUACAAGGAAGGUUUUGCGUGGAGGGCAGCCUCAGAACGCCCCCCCUGACAUGAACGGACCAAAUAGUAACACUACUAACUUUUUGACCUCUAGUUUACCAAACCCUGCUGGUUCGAUGCAGGUGACUGAACCGGCUCCGGGACCCGGGACCUGGUGCCUGAGCGCCAGGAGCGGUCGGUCUCCGCCCCAGGCCUCUCCAGUAAUAAAUGGCACUUCCGCUCUGCACCUGAGCAACGGUGAAGCAAAAAAUGUUGGGGCCCCUGGCACUGUGUGGGGCACUUGUGGCCCUGGCUACUCCAGAGAAGCCUGUCCAGAGUCCGGCAGCCGUGCCAGCGACAACACUGUGAAUGCAACGCUAACUCAGCCGGGGCUUGGCGGGGCCAGUGGGGACAACGGGGCAGGGGCGUGGGAGGUGGCUGGGGCAGGCAGCAGCCAGGGCACUCCCUGGGCGGGCGGAAUUGGGGUGGCUUCCGGGGAGGGCCGGAGGGGGCCUGGCCAGAGCACCAACUCAGCAGAUGGAGAGUGGAACAAGCUGCCAAGUACUCAGCGCUCCUCGGAGGGCACGAACGGAAACGGCAAGAAGUUUACAAACAUGUGGAAAUCUGUGGAAGAGGAGAGCGCCGCUGCUGAUCUGCAGAGUUUUGUGGUCGCUGCUAUCACCGAGCAGGACGGUGGGUGGGCCAAGACAAGUACUGGCGGGAGCGAAGGUCAUACCGAGAGCCCUGCAGAGCGAGCUGCUGUCGACGGGCCAGGCCGUGAAAGAAGGAAGGUCGACCACCAGGCGUUGCUCCAAAGCAUAGUGAACCGCACGGAUCUGGAUCCACGUGUCCUUUCCAAUUCUGGCUGGGGCCAGACCCCAGUCAAACAGAACACUGCCUGGGACACCGAGAUGUCUCCCAGAGUGGAGAAAAAGGCAGACAAUGGGACGGAGGCCUGGGGCGGCUGUGCGGUGCAGGCCAGCAGCUCGGGGGGCAUUGCAGAGAGGCCCAGCCUGAAUGGCGGCCAUGCGCCGCCUGCGCCCAGGUGGGGGGAACCAAAGCUGGUCACCAGGUGGGGAGACUCCAGGGCUUCCGGCAGCCAGGGGAGCUGGGAGGAGGGCCCUGCGGCUGCCCCCCCGGCCAAGGGCAGCCAGUCCUGGGCGGGGGGCAGAGAGGACCAGGCCGCCUCGCCUUGGGGUGAAGGGGAGAAGCUCAAGCAGGGCUGGGGAGACGGGCCGAAGGCAAACCCAGUGUGGGCAGCCCCAGCGGUCGAGGGCUGGGGGGACAACUCGCGGAGCAAUCACUGGGGCGAGGGGAAGAAGUCCAGUUCUGGCAGCAGUGACAGCGACAGGUCAGGGUCUGGCUGGAGGGAGUCGGGCAAGCCAAGUGCUGUGCCAUGGGGUGGGGGCAGCGGCCCCAAGCCCAGGAAGGCCUUGGGGUGGGAGGAGCCCCCUAAGCCCAACCAGGGCCAGGGGUGGGGUGAGCCCCCCAAGGCCGGCCGCUCGCAGAGCUGGGGGGAGGUGCCCAAGGCUCCCAGCUCCCCCGACUGGCACAAGCAGUGCGACACUGGUUGCUGGGGGGCGCAGGCGGCAAGUAAGCCCCCCGGGGUAGGGUGGCUAGGGGGGCCGAUGCCGGCACCCGUCCAGGAAGAGGAGCCCACUGGGUGGGAGGAGCCGUCCCCGGAGUCCAUCCGCCGCAAAAUUGAGAUUGACGACGGGACUUCCGCCUGGGGGGACCCCAGCAAGUACAACUACAAGAACGUGAACAUGUGGAACAAGAACACCGUGAACGGGGUUGGCCGUGCAGACCCGCAGGGACUGCUCUCGGGCCCUGGAACGGCGGCGGAGAGCGGCUCUGGUUGGGUGGAGCCGCCUCCGACACCCGCUGCGGUGGAUAAUGGCACGUCCGCGUGGGGAAAACCUGUUGACGCUGGUGCGAGCUGGGGAGAGUCCAUCGGGGAGGCCCUGAGCUCCAGCGGUUGGGGCAACGCAGCUGUUGGGCAGCCAGCUUCUCAGAAGCCUGGACCCAAGUCUAUGCAAGUUCCAGACGGCUGGUGUGGAGGCGAGAUGCCUUUGACGGGAGAUAAUCAGGCCAGCUGGGAGGAAGAGGAUGAAGUUGAGAUCAGAAUGUGGAACAGUAACUCAGUGCAAGAUACGAGUGUCUCUUCACACUGGCCGCCUUGUUCCAAAAAGCCUCCCUUGAAGGGAACAACGAAAAAUGGAAACAAGCAAGAGGAGAUGUGGAUCAACCCAUUUGUGAAGCAGUUUGCAAGUCUGGGCUUUCCUAGAGAAUCACCAGAAGAAUUGAUGCACAGCAAUAAGAUGGACAUAGCUGGUGGAAUUUUGGCUGACAAGCGAGCAGAAAUGGAGAAGCACAGUCUGAAUGUUGGUGAAUACAGUCGGGUGACAGGGAAAGGCCCGAACUCCCGUCCCCAGAUUUCCAAAGAGUCUUCCGUGGAUCGAAUUCCUUAUUUUGAUAAGGAUGGCCUUGUUGUAGCUGACGAUUCCCCAAACGUGCAGUUCAUGUCCAGUCAGAAUGCGAAGCUUCCCUCUUCCAACAGUGCACUACCUAACUACCCCCUCGGUUCUGUCACAGGGCUGGGUAUGCAAAACUUGAACUCUGUUAGACAGAAUGGCAACCCCACGAUGUUUGGAAAUCUAACCGCACAGCCCCGAAAUAUGCCGCAGUCUCCAGCACAGUCCAACCCCCGUGCACAAGUGCCUCCCCCGUUAAUCUCCCCUCAGGUCCCUGUCUCGCUGCUGAAAUACACGCCCAACAGCGGGGGGCUGAAUCCACUCUUUGGCCCGCAACACGUAGCCAUGCUGAACCAACUCUCCCAGCUGUCUCAGAUCUCCCACUUGCAGCGGUUGCUGGCCCAGCAGAGGAAGAUACAGAACCAGAGGAGCGUGCCUGCCGGUUGCCGUCAGCUGGAGCAGCAGAGCCGCUCCCUCAGCCUGCAGCAGCAAGCAAUGCAGCUGGACCCGCACCUGCUCCUGAAGCAGCAGCAGCAGCAGCACCUGCCCCCGUCGCAGCAGCUCCAUCAGAACCCCGUGAAGUCCUUCCUGGAGAGCGUCGUGUCCCCCGCCACCCCAGAGCUGCAGAAGGCGCCUCCACACAUGGGCGCAUUCAGCAGCUUUCCCACAGGAUUGAACUCAAACUUGAAUGUAAAUAUGGACGUGGGCCACAGUAUUAAGGAGCCCCAGUCCCGGCUGAGAAAGUGGACGACUGUGGACAGCAUUUCUGCUAACACAUCACUGGAUCAAAAUGCCAGCAAAAAUGGUGCUAUUCCAAGCGGCUUUAGGCUGGAGGAAGCUUCCUUUGUCCCCUACGACUUCGUGAACAGCAGUCACGCAUCAGCCAGUCCUCCAGGAUCAAUUGGGGAUGGCUGGCCACGUGCCAAAUCGCCGAACGGCCCUAGCAGUGUCAACUGGCCGCCUGAAUUUCGCCCUGGUGAGCCGUGGAAAGGUUAUCCAAACAUUGACCCCGAAACUGACCCUUACAUCACUCCCGGCAGCGUCACCAACAAUCUGUCCAUUAACACUGUGCGGGAGGCUGACCGUCUCAGGGACAGGAACAGCGGGUCAUCCUCAUCUCUGAACACCACGCUGCCUUCAACUAGUGCCUGGUCAUCCAUUCGUGCCUCCAACUACAAUGUUUCCCUCACCAGUACAGCACAAAGCACUUCUUCAGCCAGAAACAGUGACUCCAAAUCAACGUGGUCUCCUGCUUCCAUCAACAACUCCUCUUUGGCUCAUGAGCUGUGGAAGGUUCCUUUGCCCCCCAAGAGCAUGGCUGCCCCGUCGCGCCCGCCGCCAGGGCUGACUGGCCAGAAGCUGUCGCUGUCUGCGUGGGAUAACUGCGUGCGGCUCGGGGGAGGCUGGAGCAAUUCGGACGCUGGCUACACCCCUGGGGCCAGCUGGGGCGAGAGCAGCUCAGGGAGAAUAACCAACUGUCUUGUCCUGAAGAACCUCACGCCUCAGAUCGACGGCUCCACCCUGCGGACCCUCUGCAUGCAGCACGGACCGCUGAAGACAUUCCACCUGAAUCUCCCCUGCGGCAAUGCUCUGGUCCAGUACGGUUCGAAGGAGGAGGUGAUGAAGGCACAGAAGUCUCUCCACAUGUGCGUCCUAGGGAACACUACAAUUCUUGCAGAGUUUGCCAGCGAAGAGGAGAUCAGCCGCUUUUUUGCACAAGGCCCGUCUCUGACCCCUUCCCCGGCCUGGCAGUCCCUGGGCGCUGGCCAGAACCGCCCAGGAUCCCUGGAUGGCUCCCGCGCGUUCUCCCAUCGCAGCGACCUGAACACUCACUGGAACGGGGCUGGGCUGGCGGGGACGAGUGGCGGGGACCUCCACGACGCAUCCCUCUGGGGCAGCCCAAGCUAUUCCACAAGCCUGUGGGGCUCCCUGGGGAGCAGCGAGGCCGGGGGCCCAAGCAGCCCGUCCCCCCUCCACGCAUUCCUCUCCGUAGACCACCUGGGGCCGGGUGGGGAGUCCCUGUGAGCACUGCGCCCCCCCCCCCCCGGUGAAUGAAGUGCGACCUCAAAGCAAGCGCGCCGGGCCGGACUGCUCCCACCCACAGCCUUCACCUGUGGAAAAGGUUACGUUGUGCACAUGUCUCCACUUUGAUCUAGCCCAAAACAUGCCAGUUUGAAUACUUGAAUCAUGCAGGCCAAUGUUAUAAUGUGAAACGUUAUGGAUGUACACUUCCAGAUAGUGUUAUACAGCAGAUAGGCAAGCCAACAGACAGCCCUGCGCAGGAUUGGCUUGCUCCUACGUGUGACUUUUUCUUUCUUUGCAACAUGCCGAUGUUGGAGUUUGAGCUUGUAUAGCUUUGCACAGACUCUGCCCUUUCUCCCCUCCCGCAAUAUUCGAGGUGGCGGCGGUGGCAGCUCUUUUCCUAGAGGACCGACACGUGUUCCUUGCUUCGGACCAGGGUGUGCCCCUAUGCCUUGCUGUCCUCUUGCCUGGCCAGCCACCAGCAGUGAAGUGGCAGCCCUGCGGCGCCAAACAAUCGAGUGAGACGACUAACUUAGGAUUGUGAAUGAAAAAGUGUUGCACCUGUUUGUUCAUGUGGAAUUAAACUAAAGAAUGGCGCUCUGCGGUUUUUGAAACUGCACGCACAGCUGUGACUUGCAGCCCAGCCCGCCUGCCAGGGCCGGGUCUUGCACUUUCCAUAGGUUUUGUUUUCGUUUGGUUCUUUUCAGAGCCUCCUGCGUUGGGGCGCUGCCUUGUUUACAGAAUUUUUCCUUCUUUCUUUGUUUUGAGAAACAAUGUUUACUCUUCCAUCACUUAAAUAUUUUUUAGAAACAAAAAAUGUGGAUGAUAAAGAUGCUUUCUAUCUCUGGGAAAAAACGAGCAGUGUUUGGCCAUGUUCCAUUUGUGUUUUUCUAUUCCCACCUCCUAAAUCUAAGAGCAUGGCUCUCAGGAAAACCAAGAUCCCCAGUAAAACUCCUUGUAGUUUCUUAUAGGAACAUACCUUUAGCACUGAUUAAUACUUGCUCUGUAAAACUUCUGCCAAAAAUUGCUUCAAAACGCUGGAGUUGCCAUCAUUUGCUUUCUGAUGCUGUCUUUUUAAUAAUGUGGGGUGGGAAGGGUCAUGCUUGGCUCUCAAUCGGUAGUUUCUUCCCUGUUUUGCAAAAUCUGCCCUCUCGCACCCACCUCCCCCCAUUCUGCUCUUCCUGGUCUUGUGACUGUGUUCCAUGUUUAACCUUCAAGCUGAAGUAACUAUGCAGACUGUAACCAAGGACUUGGACUUACAGAAUUUUGUUGUAUAAAUUUUAAAUGUUUAAAGUUCUUGCAAAUACUUUUCUUGUGAAAGUGUUAAAUCAUCUUCCUCUUUUUUGCCACAAAUGGUAUUAUUACCUGAUGCUUGUUUAGUUAGAGGAUGAAAGACUAAACAAGGAUAAAAAAACCCUUUUAAUUGUGCCGAAAGAUGCUCUCAUUUCAUUGCCUUGAUUCUAACUGUUGUGUCUGAAGAUGCAAAAGUCGUCAGUGGCUUUUUAACUGUUUACAAAUAGAGUGUGAUGGUAAAAUGUACAGUUUGGAUUGUGCUCGAAUUAUGAAGUUCCUCCAGAUACUAAUAAAUCAUGACAUUUUGGCUGCUUA